AUGGUUAACACACGUUACAAUGAUGUUAGACCUGUAACUCCAGUUUUGCCCAAAGAAGAGCCAGUCAUUCGAGGGCAUGGCAGAGGGAGAGGUAGGCGAGGCAGGGGCAUAGAGAGGGCAGCAUCUUCCAAAAAUGAGUUUGAGGGAGAGGUAGAAGUUAGAGAGGAACAGAAGCGGAUAGAACAAGGGGAGGGUACCCACACUGAGGCUACUAGUAUCCCCCCUCUAGAUCCAAUCUUAGCUCAGCAGAUCAUGGCAUUCAUGAGUGGGAUAGCUGACAUUAGUGUCACCCCCACCAUGACCGCAACACUAGCUCCUAUUGACCAUCCGUUUGUUGCUGCAGAUCAACCAACAAAUGAAGUGGUAGGUACAGAUGCAUUCUUCAGGCCACUAAUGAGUUCUGUGAUAACUAGUACUGAGCAUAACAUGCUCACCAAAUUCCUUAAUAUCAAACAUCCCGUUUUCCAUGGUACCAAAAAUGAGGAUGUCUAUGAGUUUAUUCUUAAUUGCUAUAAGAGGCUACACAAGCUGGGAAUAGUGUAUCAACAUGGAGUGGAGUUUGUAACUUUCCAGCUGGAAAGAGAGGCCAAGCAAUGGCGGAGGGCCUAUGUAGAGUGUCAUUCACCUGUGUACGCUACUCUACUGGUCACUACUGAGGAGGAGAGGAUCAGGUUGUUUGUGAAGGGGUUGGGCCCCGAAUUGCAGCACCCCAGCAGACCAGAGCAUAGUCCAGCAGAUGGAGGGAACGAUGGCAGAGUACACCCACAAAGUGGGCCAGGAGGAAGUCUGAGAGGCCGUGGUGCCGGAGCAAUAGUAGUACAGGUAAGGGAGCAGUCUAGCAAAGCAGAGAGAUGGCCCAUCAGGAUGACCGUUCUCAGUUUUAUGCAUUUUCAGGCAAGACCAAGGCAGAGGCAUCUGAUGCGGUUAUCAUGGGCAAGGAAAAUGGUGAGGCGGGGUUGUUUGGCCGAUUUUGCCCAUAUUCGAAAUGUGGAGGUAGAGUCUCCUUCUAUUGAGUCUAUUCCAGUAAUGUGUGAAUUUUCAGAAGUUUUCCCUUUAGACUUGCUUGGUAUGCCUCUUGACCGAGACAUAGACUUCUACAUUGAUUUAGAGAUGGUUACUCAUCCAAUUUCCAUUCCUCUACCGUAUGGCUCUGGCAGAGUUGAGAGAGCUUAA